GUUGAACACGCCUUUGAACUUAGUAUCCACUGUAAACAUUUUGGAUCACAGGGAUUGCUACAGUAGCAUUUUUCUGAGGAAUUAGUCAUAAUUUCUUACUUUCUUUGAGAUAAUGAUCAUGAAACUUGUUUUCAAAUGAAAUAUCAAAACGGUUUGAAGUCGUUUCAACGUGUUUUGUAAAGUCCGUAUCUUAAAGUUUUUAACAAACACUAGUUUUAAUGACCACGGUUGGUCAUAUUUCGAAAGGUGGUUGCAACACUAUUGAAGAAAAAUAUCGAAGUCUCACAGGCGUUUCACAUAGUUGUGUUUUUACGAAUUAUUUGGACGUUUGUUGGACUAAACCGGAUUCCGUUCUAUGUGCUCUGAACAAAACAGAAAAUGCCUUAAAUGCUUUGUUGUCCAGUGGAGAUUUAUGCAUUGACAUUUGCUCCUGUAUUUCUAACAAUAUUGAGCAUCUCAUCAGUGCCUUAGUCUUUUCUUUGUCAUCGGAAGACAUUUUAUGUCGUCGUUCAGCUACCCAGAACCUGCGACUUAUUUUGCGUGUGGCUUUGUUUUGUUUGAAGCUUCCAAGUUUAGAUGCCUGUAUUAAUUCUUUAGUACGUCACGGUCUGUCUUCUCCUAGCCAUUCUAGCGUCAGAUUGUCGCUGUGUUCAGUGCUUCCCCAGAUAUUUACUCCAGAUUUAUUCCAUUCCUAUGAUCGAAAAGACAUUGCCUGUCAUUUUGAGCCCAUUUUUUUCAAUUUGAUUGACUGUUUUGUAUCAUCGUUUGGAAACAAAUCUGUCUAUAAGAAUGCAUUCGUUUCGUUACUCAAAUUGUUUGGCAAUGAGCUUUAUGAUUUUCUUCGUGAUACCUGGAAAUGUCGUAAUGCUGAUGGAAUGUUAUCUGACGUCCACUUGAAAUUGUUUCACCGAUGGUCAGAUGGGGUCUUAAUGACAUAUCAGAGAAAUGAAUAUCGUCAGAAAUGUGCUCAGCAUUCUUACUCUUACCCGGACAAAUCUUAUCUACAGAUAUUUCAGACCCCUAACUUUAAGACUGUCUCACCUGAUAGGACGAAUUCGGACUAUGAUUCUAUUGUAACGGGUUGUACUUGCAUUUGUUAUAAAGAUGUAGAUCAUCUCAUGUCACACUCUACAUUUAAUCAUUUGGUAUCUCAUUUAAAAAAGACUGGUUACAAACCUAAUGAAGAUGGCUACGGUAUUCAUAAAGUUACGGAAGAAAUCCGCAAAUUUGUGAUUUCAGGCAUAAAUACCCCAUCAGGGAGAAGAAUCCUUUUCGGAUUUUCUGGUUCGGAAAACUUUGGUAACUGUACGACGUCUGGACAGUUAUCUCAGUGUCGGUCUCUUUUGUGUCUCAUGGAGUUACUGAAAAUAUUUGUUCGUGAUUCUGACCUUAAUGCAACCCUGUGUUCACUAGAAAUAGCCACAUUACUCACUCAACCAUUUCAAUCCAGGAUCAGCGUAAAUUUUGGCAAAUCACCAUGCAGAAACGUUGAUGGUUUAAGUGCUGAUAAUGCAGAUUGGUUUGCACAUCAACUCCUGGAUAUGAUUUAUUUUGCUCUGAGUGAUAGUAGAUUAGAUGUUCGGAUUGCUGGUACCAAGCUUUCUCUAGCAGUUGCAAGUUUGCCAUCUUGUGCUAUGAUAGUUGUUCGUGAAGUGGGAGGUCGAGUACUUACUCACUAUUCUGAAUACGAUACAAAAAAAUCUGAUCAUGAAGAGGAAUGCGCAUGUUUCAAGCUUUCUACCGACAGAAUACAUCGACUGCACCAAGAAUCUGUUGAUCUUGUUACCUCACUACUUUUAACGCUUCCUAGUUCGGAGUUCGACUUGACUAACGUUUGUAGACUGGUUGUUCUCCCAGGAUUAACUGACCUUAAGUUACUGGUACGUAUUGCAACAUUAGAUUGUGUAUCUGUGGUAGCCUAUCAUCUUGGUACUGAUAAUUUGGAUUGUUUACGAGCUGUUGUAUCCCAAGCAGAUAAUUUCUUAUUAAAAACUGCUGGGAAUUUUUUACAACAAUCGUAUUUAGAAAAAGAUAAUCAUCAAAAUUCAGAUUCAAAAUAUUCAACAUUAACAGAAGCUGUAAAAAAACGAUUGAUUAAAUGUCAAUUACCACAGUUGGAUAGUAAUUCACGUGUGAUACGAACAAAUAAUUAUAAUAAUGUGCCUGGUGCGUCGAUAUUAGUUAAUACACUGGGAUUAAGUUCAAACCAGAAUACAGAUUCACAUUUGAAAUCGCAUAUUUCCACUGACGAAGGUAUUACUACCAAAACACCUAGAACGGUUUCUGUUGUUCAACCGUCAGAAUUUUCAACUUCUACAACUCAAUCGGAUAUAUUGUCAAACCCGUCAAUAGCUGAGAAAGUGAAAUCUAACUAUCGUCGCCGACCUAGUGCUGGUUUAACACACAGACAAAAACAACUCCCAUGGGAUCCAAGGAUCAGUAUUGAUUUGUCUAAUUCAUAUCCGAGUAAAAAGUCAUCACGUUUAAUUCGUCGUAAUUCUAAUUGUAGUUUAUUCACUGUCAAUAAUUCUAAUAAUUUACCAAUUAAAAGCAAUCAUAUUUCUAAUCAUCUUGUAAACAGUAUUGAAAAUGAUAUGUUGACCGAUAAUAAUACUGGAUACAAUCCAUUAUCUUCCAAAAUUUAUGUGAAUAAUAAGUUCAACAAUGAUAAUAAUAGUAAUAGUGAUAUUGAUAACAUUGAACAUGUUAAUGAUGAUGAUUACGACGAUGAGGUGGAUCAUAAUCUCGAUGCAAAAUCAAGUAAAAUUAAUCGUAAUACUGUUGUUGCCGUCAGUGCUAAACAUAAUCCUCAACACUUGCAACUAUGUGAAUCACAACGAAAAUUUCAAGAUAAUUCUAACAAGACUAUUCAUAACUCUGUAAGUCUUAAUAAUAUCAAAUCAGAAUACAUUAAUCUAUCAUCUACGAAACGUUUCAAUGCUAAAUCACAAUUAUCAGAACUAUGUUCACAAAGUUUACCAGCUUCUGGUCGUAUAUCACCCACAUCAAAAAUUUUAUCUUCAGAUCUAUCCUCUAUAGAAAUAACCAAGGUCUAUCCUCUGCGUUCUUCCCUAUGUAUGGCUAAGUCUGGAUCAAACAAUGAAGAACUAAGCUCUUUCAACACACCUCGUCGUAAACCACGUUUAGCACCAAUUCGUCAGUCAGAUCAUUCCAUACUUUGGGCAUCACAAAAUCAAAACUCCCAUCUAAAUUCCAUGUAUCAUUCUUCGUUGUUACCAACUCGAGCUACUCUAGUUCGUCAAAGUAAUAGGUCACGUCCAGCUCUUAAUCAAGUUUAUAAUAAUAUUAAUACAAAUACAGAAAAUUAUCUAGAAUGUAAUCGUUUUGGAUAUAAUAUAAUUACACCGAAUAAUUCUUUAAAUGCUUAUCAUUCUACUUCAUGUAUAACACCUAGAGAAAGUGUGAAUAAAAAUAAUCGGAAUAUCCAAUCGGACAGAAUAGUUACAUCAUCAGUUGAUAACUUGUAUUAUAAUAAUGUGAAUACAAUUAGUACAACUAGUAGAUCUAAUCAUACUGAGUAUGAUUCAUUUUAUUAUAGUCACAAUGAUGAUAAUAAAACAGUUGAAGAAGAAAUUUACGACGAGGAUUAUGAAUCCGAUGAAGAAUUUACAGAUGGUGAUGAUGUAGAUGAACGAAGUAGUAGUACAAUUAAUAAUGCAACAUUUUGGCGUUCAAAUCGAUCAACAAAACCUAAUUCAUUACCUACCAGUGCAUUACCAUUAAAUCUGCACAAUAAUGAUUCAGCUUUACCAAAUUCACCAAGUUCUGAAAUUCCUGAAGUAUCAAGUAUACGCAGUGCUGCAUCUCAUAGACGUGCAAUGCGAUUAUUUGAAGAAGCUGAAAAACGUAGACAAAGUGAAAGUUACAAUAAUCUACAAAUAUUGUCCACUUCAUCAACACCUCUAUCAUCGAUAAGAAUUACAAAAAUGCACAAUACUGAACUAUCAAGUAACAUAAAUAGAUUGAAUCCUGAUAUUCAUCUUGUAAAUUCAACUUUAUCCGGUCCCGUGUUAACACCAGCUGUUGUUCCCGCAACGUCAUCACAACGUUUCAUUCCUGGAAAAAGUUCAGCUAAAAAAAGUCCGAAUAGAUUUUCUGACGUAGUAAACGAUGCUGAUCGAUUACUUAAUAACAGUGGUACUGAUGAUAAUAGUUCACCUAAAACUCCUAGAAACUUUGGAUCUGAUAAGAAGCAAACACAAUCACAACAACAAUUCACAAAACAUUCACAAGUUGUAACAACUGUUUCGUCUAAAUAUAAUCCUUAUGUCGGUGCAUCAUUUCGUGAGAAUCGGGAUUAUAUUGGUGUAGUUAUUGGACGAGCUGCUGUUACUCCUUCACCUAUUACAACGAUUGAUAUGCAUCAACAUUAUCAAAGUAUUGAACGAAGACCGUUGAAAGGUCAACACAAUAUUCAAUCUAGUAUAGGGAAUACAGGAAAUGCAAUUAAUCCUUUAAUGUCUACCGAAUUAUCUACAACAUCAUCAUCUAUAUCGUCAAUGUCGACAGCAACAACAACAACAACAACAGUACCAGCUCCAUUAUCCACCUCUUUCAAUAUUGUUGGUCGAGGUUUAUUUGAUCAACCAGUGUUAGUAGCAAGUGGGAAAUCAAGCACUAUACUCUCAUCAUCACAAUCAUUAAAUAAAUUGUCAAUAAAUACAAAUAAUAAUCCUAAUGGAAGACAAACACCAGCGAAUUCUAAACAUAAUGAACAUAAUCAACUAGAACAUGGUAUUCAUCAUUUAUCUAAAGAUAAUGAACUUGAAGGUUCCAAUAUCCUACUUGGUAUCGGUUUAAAUGAUACAUCAAAUGUUACAUCUGCUAAUUCCGCUCCAAAUGUAUGUGAUAUUGAUUCGAAAGGAGGAACACAUGAGGCGUGUGUAUCGCAUAGUUUUCGACAAAGAAUAUUACAGAAGAAAUCGAAAAAAUUACAAAAACUACGUGAUAAUUCUACACUGUCGAAACAAGCAUCAAAUACCUCUUUGUCUAGUUUACAACCAUCAGAGAAUAAUUUGAACCAAGUAAAUUCUGAAACAAUUGAUAAUACUACUUUAAAUUCAGACAAUGAUAAAUCCUAUCCAAGUCUGGAUUCUAGUGAACAUCCUCCAAGUCAUUCAACAUGGCCACCUCCAUCAUCUAACAAUACUCGUAUGAAUUAUCCUUUAAAACCAGAAGAAUCUUCGCCUAAAUUAAAAUCAGGUCAUACACCUAGUGGUGUAUCUUUAUUACCUCCAACUAGACGUCGUCUACCAGCUGAAAAUUCCUUAUCAAAAGGUUCACGUUCUACUAGUCAAAAUUCUGUUAAUAAUACUGUUAUUAAUCAUUCUGAAUAUUCAAAUGUUGAUUCAAACGAAUCAAUGAGUUCGAAUCUCCAUUGUACAGAUAAUCCAAUAACCAGUAGCGAUACAUCCUUGAAAUUAAGCGAUUAUGAUAAAAAUCCUCUACCAGAUAAACCACAGCUUAAUAAAGUUCGUUCAGUAGUUAGUCUUUCUGGAACUCCACCAACACUACCUAGUGCUUUAAAUUUAAUUAAUUCAAACGAUUGGGAAGAUAAAGUGACUGGAUUAGAACUAUUGGCACAAAUUGUUACAGAACAGUCAGUACAUUUAGUACAAACUACACAAACUGGUUCUGCUUCAGCUGGUUCUUCUAGACAGCCUGCUACAAAUUUAUCCAGUUCAGCGCCAACAUUGAUACUUACUGCCGAAACACUAAGUCAAGCUGUACAAGCUGUAAUAACUGAAUGCAGAAAUCUACGUUCUCAAGUUUCACGUCAAGCUGUACAAACUAUGGGUAGUUUAUUUCAGGGUUUAAAUAGAGCAAUGGAUCCACAUGUCGACGUAUGUAUACGAGUAUUGUUAAGUAAAACUGGUGAAGCGGCUGCUGCUUUCUUACGCGAUGAAGUUUCAGUAAUUAUGGAUGAAGUUAUUCAACAUGCUAGUCCAUCGCGUACACUACAAGCCUUGAUUCAACAUGGUAUAGGUCAUAAAAAUCCAGCUGUUCGAUUGCAGACAGCAUUACUUGUCUCUCGUAUCGUUGAAAACUUAUGUAAUCAUGGGCGUAUGAAUUUAUCGAAUCGUAACAAUAUUAAUCGUGGAUCUGGUGGCAGUAAUAAUAAUAAUCCUACUGUUGGUCGUUUAUCAUCAUGGGGUUCAACAGGAAACUUGAAUUCUGUUUCUUCAGCUAAUUUAUCUUCAUCGAAUUCAGUUUUUCUAGGUGGAUUUAUGGAACGUUUAGUUAGUGCACUUAGUCAAUUUCUCACUGAUGGAAAUCAAGAAACACGAUAUUAUGGACGUCGUUUAUUAAGUACAUUGAUGCAACAUCCUGAUUUUGAGAGAACUGCUCAAAGACAGUUAACUGGUCAGCCUCUUCGAGCUGUAAAAGAGGCGAUUGAUCAAAUUCAUCAAAAAGGCGUUGGAGAUUUGCCUUCUUCAAUGUCAUCUUCAGCUGGUUCUCGCCGUAGGGGGUUUUCACCAGCGACAAGAUCUCGUGGACCCAGUGCUGGUGGUCUUGGUUCCAAAGCCUAAUAUAUAUAUAUAUCCCUCCCAUUUGCAUAUCCUCUAAUUUCUGAAUACAUUUUCAACUUUUGGUCAUUGCUAGUCUCAACUUUCUUGCAAAUCCGCUC